CCUCAACAAUCGGUCCAACACCGCCGCCAUGCGUGCAUCAUUGCGCUUGUUGAAUUUGGAGGUCUCAUCCCUCCAGGGCUCUCGGACUCGUUAUGUCUGCUCCGUCUGCAGACACGAAGCCCUCCCUCGUCCGUUGAUCGCCCGUCAAUUCCUGCGCAAUGCGUCGUCCGACAACGCCCCCCUCACCGAGCGAGUGCGCCGAAAGCUCUGGGGCACGGAAAACCCGCCCGGUUUGAAAGAUCCAUACGGAGGCGAAGGAGUUCUCGAGCGGAAAUUCAAGAAAACCCAGGCCGAGGGACAGGACGAAACGGUCGCGGAGACCACCCAGGUCAGUGAAGCUGAGUAUGAAGCUGCCGAGGACGCCGCCGUCGGAGAUGCAUACGAGCCGGCCGCUACAUGGGAAGGAAUCCCACAUAUCGGACAUUUGGGAAGAUGGACAGACCUCCCUCCUUCGGAGGCUGAUAGCUACGACUCGUUCAUGCUCAAGAAGAAACUCACCAAGAAGCAUCACUUGCAUCUGGCCGCCCACCAGGCUGCGGUUGAAAUCUGCCUGCUGCACUCGUUGAACAAGCCGUUGACAAGCGCCUGUAAGGUUUUGGAUCACGACAAAUCCGUCUACGAUCUGAUCAGAAAGUGCGAGAUCGAGCCGAAGGAAGCCGGCGAAUUGAAGGAAGCCUUGGUCUAUCCCGAUCAGGAGACACAGAACGCUCUUGAGUACAUCUUUGAACAGAUUGGAGGCCAAACUGAGGCUGCUGCUGUGGGGCAGGAAUCUCUUGAGGCCGACGAGACCACAACGGCGCCAGAAGUUGAUGAGGGUGUUUCUCAAGGUUCGGGUUUGCGGACACCUGAUUCGCCUUUCUUCGAUUUCGGCCAUCUGCGACAGAAGGGCUUUUUGGGACUGCCUUUGAAUGACCCUAUGACUAAAUUUGCCUUCUUGAAAAGAUUCUCUCAGCUGAGCGGUCACUACUUCCCAGACCCCGCUGUCCAUUCCAUCUCGUCGAUCAAGCAAGCCUUGCAGCACAUUCAGACGGCCCUAAACCCCAAGCCCAAAAAGUUGGCCGAGCAUCUCGCGAGCAGCAACCGUCUCCAGAACCUUCCCAAUGUCAAGGUUUUCGCGAAAAGACAGAAGCGCUCUGACAGAGAUGAGGAGCUGGGUCGGAAGAAGGUGAUUGCCCAGGAGCUUCGUGAAAGGGGACUCAUCUAAGAGUUCUACAUUCUAUGCCGGCUUGAAGAGUACUGCUUGUCUUAUAGUUCUUGUAGCAUGUUUUGAGAGACUAUUUUUGUACUAUAGAAAUUCCAAUCCAUCAGGUCACUGAUGUUGUCGCAAUAUAUACACAGCUACUCAAGAUUGUGGUGUUGGUUU